ACCAGCAGACAGGUUGGCUGUAGGUCAACUGGCUGCGCUUGUAAUUCUCAUUCUUGAGGGAUGGAUCAUCGUAGCCACAGGGCUGACUCAUGCGCCGGGCUGAGUUUAAAAACUUCUGGAGCGCUCAGAGAACAAACACAGUCUGCUGUGGGACUCUGCUGCUGCAGCUCGGCCUGGGAUUAUUUGGGACAGAAACUCUUGAUGAAAACUUGAAUAUGGACUACACAUGGCUGUUGCUGCUCAACCUCAGUGGAGCUAUUUGUGCAGUGGUGCAAUGGACAGAAUUAGAAGAAGCAAAGGCCUAUUUGAGGCAGUAUGGUUACCUCAAUGACCCCGCUGAUCCACAGGACCCCUAUUACCUGGAGGAGGUCAUUGAAGCUCUCAGGGUUUUCCAGCGGGUGAAUGAUCUUCCUCCUACUGGAGAAUUGGAUGAAGCUACUCUGAAUGUGAUGAGACAGCCACGCUGUGGCUUGGAGGACCCCUUCAACAAGAAAUAUCACAAAUACAGAGUGAUAGGUCGUUGGAGAAAGAGGAGUCUGACCUACCACAUCUACAACUACACACCUGACAUGAAGAAGGCCGAGGUCAAGAUGGCCAUCAGCUCUGCCUUCAAGUACUGGAGUGAUGUGGCUGCUUUGAGCUUCAGAGAAGUCAGCUAUGGCAGAGCAGACAUAAAGAUCUACUUCCACAAGAAAGACGGCUACUGCUCCGUCCCAUUCGAUGGCCGUGGUCAUGUGCUCGCCCAUGCUGAGUCACCAGAAUCUGGUAUUGUCCAUUUUGAUGAGGAUGAGUUCUGGACCGAGGGAACAUAUUAUGGUACUAAUCUGCGUAUUGUGGCUGCACAUGAAAUUGGCCACGCCCUCGGCCUGGGCCACUCUCAGUUCAGAAGCGCUCUGAUGGCUCCAGUCUACUCUGGUUACCGUCCCAACUUCAGGCUGCAUACAGAUGAUAUCAGAGGCAUCCAGGUGUUAUACGGCAAACGCAUCACCGGCACUUUAGCCAGUCCAACACCCCCAGACAGUCUGGUUUCUGCAGAAAACAGCCAUGACACUGAGAACAUUCCUAACCCCUGCACUGCCACACUGGACGCCAUCAUCUUAGGUCCAUGGAGGAAAACCUUUGCUUUCAGUGGUGAUUAUGUCUGGACGAUCUCUCAUCUGGGACACAACACACCAAUAAAGAUUGACAAGCUGUGGAGGGCCCUCCCUGGAAACCUGAGUGCUGCUGUGCAUUCUCAAAGAUCCAACAAGACAUACUUUUUUAAAGGCGAUAAAGUGUGGAGGUAUACCAUGUUUGUGCUGGACUACGGCUACCCUAAACAGGUCAAACGGAUCCCUCCUAAUAUUGAUGCAGCCGUGUACCUGGAGAAGAACAAGAAGCUGGUCUUUAUCAAGGGUUCAGAGCACUGGCAGUGGGAUGAGCUGACAUACACUGACUUAAGUCUCUACCCCAAACCGCUCUCUAUGCUCUUCACCGGAGUUCCGUCCAGUCCAGAUGCAGCCUUCACCUGGACCAACGGCAAGAUCUUCUUCUUUAAGGGAGAUGAGUACUGGCGCGUGAAUGAGCUGCUGAGGGUCGACAGAGGAUACCCACUGAGCAAGAAGGAGCGCUGGAUGCAAUGCUAAAGUUCCACCACCAGGGGGCAGCAUGUAUCAAGAGGUCCAUAGCAGGGGUGCUGGUUCUACUCCAGAGGCAUUGACAACAGGCAACCUCAACAGCGGUGAUUGAUUGUGAAUUGUCAUCUACUACGUAAAAACAAAAUUGUGUGGGAAUUGAAUUGAUUUUAUUUCACUGGAUUUGAUUUUAACCAAGCUACUCCUAGCCUCCACGGCAGGCUUUUUUAGGCUUACUCUUUGAGCACAAAUGUGUGUUUGUGAAAAUGAUGUAAGCUUUUGUAUGAUCUCAGGGAGAAACCAAGGGAGGCCUUCUGUUUUUUUUUGUCUCCAACAUAUGUGUUGGAUUAUGUGUUAAUUCUUUCAGUAAGAUGUAAUAUGACGAUGGGAGUGUGCACAUUCUGUUCAGACAUUUUGUUUAACCAAUCAUGCAACUUUUAAAAGUAUGUUUAGUGCUCUUAAAUGUCUCUUAACACUUCCAUUAUCGCGGAUCUGUCAGAAAUCAUGUGACAUUUUCUACAAUUAAAGACGACAUAAUGUCUGCUGUAAAAUUGUCUUUCUGAAUGCAGUUACCUGUCACCAAUAAAAACAGCACACAAUAAAAGGAUAGAAAAAUAUUUAACAUUCUUUAUGAUGAAAGGCAAGUCUGUUCAGCAUUGUGUUGUCUGCAAAGAAACUUUGGAGGCGCCAUGGCAACCCCAACCAGUUGCAGAGUAGGAAAUCCUCCCCAUGACCUCUUUAUUGCCCAUGAAAAAUCUGGUGAGUAAUGCUGCCAGUGUCGCUAAGAGCCCAAAGAGACAAACAGUGUGAUUUAUCUGACUCAAUCAAUGGUUUUGUAUCAAACACAUUUAUUUAUCUUUGAAAUUUCUAUGAACAGGUAUGUACAGAUUCAGGUAACAAGUGUAUUGUCCCUGCAAAAUUCAAACAACACAAUGGAUAAUUAUUUAAAAAUCUACAAAUUAACAACAAACAUGCUUUGUUUUUUUUGUCCUUUUUUCAACCCUACCAUGUACUUGGUCAUUAUAUAAAUUAAAUUAUAAAACGUUUACUCCACACGCAUACUAAAUUCUUCACCUACUGUAUUCUGACAGGAAAUACAAACCGUAUUUGCACCAUUUAGUAUUUGCUUCACUUUGUCAUACUCCAUGUAUCUAUCUGCAUGCCAUAUUCUACUCUCUCACCCAACUCUGUCUAAAAAAAAUACAAAGUCAUUGUAAUGAUAAACUUUCACAAAUUCUACAAGCACACAGUUAAACGGGUAAGACAGGUAAUAACACAACACUUAACGGCAAUGACUAACUUUUUAAGUACAGUACAUGUAAUGUCAAACAAAUUGCUUUGUCAUAUUCACUACUAAAACAGAAAUACAUCUGUUUUUGAGGCUCGUGCAUGCUGUUUAUGUAUUUAAUACAUGAUGAGAGGAAAUGGAGGACCUUACUUUGUUAGUAUCUGUUUUUAAGUGUUUCUCUGAGAAACACAGUGGUUGCAGUGGUUAUAUUAUAGCUUUCACCUAACCGGUGACACUUCUUA